ACCGCCCUUCCGCUUCCGCUGUCUCGCCGCCCCCUCCGUCCGUGCCUGGUGGUGAUGGCUGCCGCGGCGUCCCUGUCCCCGGAGGAGCUGCUGCCCAAGGGCGGCUCGAGCAGGGCCGAAGAGCUGGAGGACGAGCUGGAGGAGGAGGACGACGACGAGGAGCUGGACGAGACGCUGGCGGAGCGGCUGUGGGGGCUCACGGAGAUGUUCCCCGAGUGCGUCCGCUCGGCGGCAGGAGCCACCUUCGACCUGUCGCUGUCGGUAGCGCAGAAGAUGUACAGAUUCUCCAGGGCAGCUCUGUGGAUUGGGACCACCUCCUUCAUGAUUCUGGUUCUUCCUGUCGUGUUUGAAACUGAAAAGCUGCAGAUGGAGCAGCAGCAGCAGCUGCAGCAGCGACAGAUCCUCCUGGGACCCAACACGGGGCUCUCAGGGGGGAUGCCAGGGGCCCUGCCACCAUUGUCUGGGAAGAUCUAAUUUGUGGAAGCUGCGUUGGAUUUGUAUCAUGUGGGAAGACCUUGAGAUUAUGAUCUAUUGAACUGUUGAGUUGUUGGGUCAGGGCAUUUUUUUGUUUUUCCCUUUUAUUUUUGGUUCUCCUUUGGGACAUUGACCUGUUCAUAAAGAGGGGGAGAAGCCCGUCCCCCUCUGGACCUGCUGACAGCUCCUGGCUGCAUCCUCCCCCUGUACAGAAAUCGUGAGUUUUUCCUUUUAUUAAAUCAAUGCACCAUAACCAGUCAGACUUGAACUAGGGGAAUUCAGUUCCUCUUCCAGGCCCCUCAUACUCCCAUAAAAUGACCCCAGGGCUCAGGCUGGGCUUUGGAAGUCAAGCAAAAUGAGUCCUGAAUCCUUUGCUGGCUGACAUGGAGUUGAAGGACACUGGUGGGAGGAGGAGGAAGAGAAAUAACUUCCCCAGCAGACAAAGCAAAGGAAGGUGGGGUGCAGGUGGCUGCACCCUAUGGAAAACUCUCUCCAGGAAGAUGCAUCUGCAUAAAUACUGUCAUGGCGGCUUCAUAUGUGUAUGUAUGUGAGAACCGAGGGAGCAGCAGGUUCAAGCCGAUCACGCUGAUCCUCUGUCUCAUCAAGUAGAACUUCAGCAAUCAGCUGCAUAUUUUUUUGUAUUGAAUAUUAAAUAAAUCCAACCUGA